AUGGAUACUCGGCCCCGAACAGCGGUCCCGGGCUGCAGCAGGACUUGGCGUGCUGGGCCGCAAUCCUUGACGAAAUUGGGGAAGCCGUGUGGGCAACACAUCACGGCACUACGGAUGCGUGCUUGUAUCCCCGAGCGAAUCCGUUAUCAGCUCUGGAUGACUGCCGCACGCGCCGGUCGAGUUCAAAUUGAGCAAAAAUCCAGAGACUCGAGUGUAGUUUGCCACAGAUCACUGCGCCACUCUCGAAUUUUUACUAAGAAGCUUGCAAUGAAACCGUUAACAUCGACCAGGCUCCCCGAUUAA